UUUUAAUCAUAUAGGCUUACAGCUUACUGCUUUGUUUUAUAGUGAAAAAAAAACAUUAUAACGCUGAACAAUGAUUGAUAAACAAAGGCUUGAUUUAUAAAAUGUCGGAAAGGAAAUCUAAUGAAAAUACUUCAACAAUUACUUUUGAUCCUAUUCUGCCAGAAAGUGGAAUUCUUUUCUAUGAAGAAUGUCCAAAAGAAUAUGAAAUUGAUCCUCCUAUAUUAUUGCCAUUGAAGAGUACUACCCAAAUACGAUUUGAAGAACUUCAAAGCGAAGCUGUUCGGGCUUGGAAAGAAUCACAGAAAACCACAAGCAAGAAAGAGUGAAUUGAUUUGUAUAGUGCUCAUUGAUCAACAUGUAUUACACAAUAUUUAUCAUAGAAAUUAUUUCUGCGCUGAUCCUAGCAGCAACGUUGCUAUACAGAUAUGGAGACUGCUACAGGAAUCACAUAAUUGUUACUGUGUCUGUGCUGACAGCAUGGUAUUUCUCAUUUUUGAUCAUGUUUAUUUUGCCAUUGGACAUAUCCUGGACUGUGUAUAGAACUCAUCAAUGUUUAAAUACAUCUACUCCGCUGGAUGCAACCCCUUUGAGUAACUCAACCACUGCAGCACCUGCAUCUCAAUGCCCAAUAUCCUGGCCAGAUAAAGUUUUUCCAAAUUUGUGGAGAGUAGUGUACUGGACAUCACAAUGCUUGACUUGGUUAAUAAUGCCCAUGAUGCAGUCAUAUAGUAAGGCAGGUGAUUUCACUGUCAAAGGCAAACUAAAGUCUGCUUUAGUUGAUAAUGCAAUAUACUAUGGGUCUUAUUUGUUUAUAUGUGGUAUACUACUCAUUUAUCUGGCAUUUACAUCUGGAGUUACACUGGAUGGGUCUAAAAUUAAGGCAAUUGCAUCAUCUGCUAGUAAUACAUGGGGAUUAUUCCUAUUGAUCUUGCUGCUUGGUUAUGCACUAGUGGAAGUGCCAAGAAACUUAUGGAAUAACUCAAAGAAAAAUUAUACAUUGACAUACUGCUAUUUCAAGAUUGCAAAAUUGAGUACUGAUAAGUUUGAGGCUGAAGAAACUAUUGAGGACAUUUUAGAGAGUUUAAAUUGUGUGACAGCAGCCGUUGGUUCAGGACACCCUUUGUACCGUCAUGUUGAAACAAUCGUCCAAAAGCUGCCAGUACAACUUAGAGAUAAACUGGGUUCUAGGGCGCCGCCUGAAAGGACACCACCGCCAUCUUUAAAAAGCCUUAUAAAUUUACAUAAAAAGACUAUAAAGGCCCUGCAUGUACUCCAGCGCACUGAAACCCAAUACAGCAUAAUGCUGGAGAGAACCUACCAUUUGGAAGACGUAGCUGCCAACUGCAGGUCACCAGACCAUCGGUUCCAGCAUACUUUUCAGAUGUCCCGACCAAAGGUUCAAAGGAUCUUCUAUCCACCGUUAGUUGAAUGGUACUGGGAGUGCUUUCUGAAGCAAUACUUCUUGAAAGCAAUGGCUGUGGUAACGGGAAUAUUGUCAAUAAUGGUGGUGUGGUCAGAAGUGACGUUCUUCAAUAAGGAACCAGUUCUUUCCAUCUUCGCCAACAUCGUAUCUGCGGCUGGAAAGAAUUUCAACUAUAUCGCUAUUGUGACAAUAUCAACCCUAAUUAUAUGCUACAUAUUCUACUGUGCCUACUCCACGGUACUAAAGAUCCGGGUUCUGAACCUGUACUACUUGGCUCCUCACCACCAGACCAAUGAGUACAGUCUGAUAUUCUCCGGAAUGAUGGUGUGUCGGCUCACACCAGCUAUGUGUCUUAACUUCCUUGGACUAAUUCAUCUCGACUCGCAUAUUAUUACUCAGAGGAUUAUGGAGACUUAUUAUACACAGAUAAUGGGUCACAUGGACGUCCUACGUAUUAUAGCUGAGGGAUUCAAUAUUUAUUUCCCGAUGUUAGUAAUAUUGCUAUGCCUGGCUACGUAUUUCUCUCUGGGUAGCAGAUUACUUUCGCUAUGUGGAUUCCAGCAGUUUGUUGGAGAUGAUGAUCUUACUACGGACUUGGUGGAUGAAGGACGGGAGCUUGUUAAGAGAGAGAAACGUCGCCGGCAACGCGUUGAAGAAUCUGUGACACGUAGAAGGGACUACAGUGAACGAUUCACCGCUUACAGACCGAGGGAUACGGAUGGAGCCCGCACCGGGCUUCUUCACGAUAUUGGUUCGGACCACUACGCCUCACCAGAACGGACAGACAUACAUUCAUACCAACGCGCAGAGUUGCCAUACAACCGCCAAGAUGACAUUGACAGACGCUUCGGCGAAAGUACUCUGCCAACUGUCAGAACUGAAGAGAGAAGGCGGGACAGAUUAACUAUUCCUCCCAAAGGAUUGUUUGACGACGUGUAAUUCGUGAUUGCUUUCAAUAUAUCCUAAGCCAUACUUUUAGUGCAUUGUCUAACGGUAUAUAUAUAAUAUAAUAGGUUGCCUAAUUAAUUAACGACUAACUGAAGUGUUACUCUGAAUAUAGCUACAUACUGUACUUUAAAUAUAACAGAGACACAAUAGUGCAAUCUUUGUAUGAAUAAAGUGAGAUAGUAAUAUAGUAUAUGCAUUAUAGGAGUUCGUCCAAAAUUCGUGGACUUUUGUAGUAUUUAAUUAGAAAGCUAUUUUAUUUAUAUGUUAUCUAGUGAGCUUAUAGAAUAAGGGUCCCUCUAAACGGGGCAUAGAAAUCAAAUAGAAACAAAUUUAUACAUUUAAAUACUUAAUGAAAUAAUAUAAUGACAGCGAGAAAUACAUUAUUGCUUUGACAGCUUAUUAUCAUUAACUAAAUAUUCAGAGACUAGAAAAUAACAGAUGUAGAUAAUUUUUCAUGUGAAAAUGUUGCUUUCGGAACGCAGAUUGAAAACUGCCUGUUCAUUUAAAUCAAAUAGGCAGAAAAGGGUCUUAAAAAUAAUUUGUGUAUACGUUAUUGUGUUAAAAACGUACCUACUUUGCCCAUAGAAUCGUGUCAUACAAUAAUGUAUUGUAAUAAACAUUGAGUGAUGUUUAUUGAGUCAACAUUUUUCAUUGAAUAUCUUUUCACAGUAUGCAUUAACAGUAUAGAUAAAAAUGUUUUGUAAAAUAUCUUGUCAAAUCAAGAACCAUUUAACAUUUUUAAAUUAAAGUCAAUAUGUUGCGGAAUAAUCGCUAUCAAAAACUCAGCGGAAAUAACGGAUUUACUAACUUUCGUAAUUGUUAGGAUAGAUUGUGGUGUAAAUAAUUUCACUAGUUAGCUAGUUACCGUCUUUAGUAUAAUAAUAGCGCAAUUUUAUAUAAGCUUAUAAAAGAGAAUUAAUCAUGAUAUGUGUUUAGUUUACAUUCAAAGAUAUUAUUGAUUAAACUGUUUGCAUUUCAUAAUCUAUAGGCAAGUGUCUAUGGUACCACAGGCCCUUUUGCAUUCUAUUUUUCUUUUUUUAUUGCCGUCCAGUCUACGAUUUUAAGUUUCUCCUUCCUUUUGUUACGAAUAUUUUUAGCAAAAUGUUUAUUCAAUCAGUAACUUAUCCAUGUUAUCGCAGAGUCCAUUUAUUUCAAAGAUUUUUUCAUAUGCCUGUUGUAAUUUAUGAUUACCUUUGUUGUUUAAAGAAAUAGUGUAGAGUAGCCUUAAAAUUAAGUCACAUUAAAAUAAAUAUACCGUGUCUAUCUAAUAAAAUUUAAGUGUACAAAUGCUUUCAUUGAUACUA